AAAAAAGUUAGGGCUAUCUUUCUCGUGUUUUGCUACCAAAAACAAUUAAUCUAAUUAACUUUUUGUAUGAAACACGCGCUAAAACAAUGGAGGAUUUACUUGCGUGCCGUAUAUGUUUGAUAACGGAUGUUACACUGUUCGAUAUGUUCAAAUACAAACUUGCGGAAUCGUAUCAAAUUAUAACAGGGACCCAGUUAUCAGCAGACGGUCUCCCACUACAUAUCUGCAGCUUUUGUGCGGUGUUGCUUCAGAAAAGCGUUUUAUUCAAAAAUAAAUGCCAUAAUGCAGAACACAUACUGAAGUUUUCGUUGAUGCAGCAACAUAUGCUGACAACUGCCUACCUAAGGACCAUAGACCGUAACCUCCACUCUCUCACUCUACCCUUCUCCACCGUCACAACAACUAACACCAUCAACAUCUCCUACCAAAUCAAAGAAGAAGCUACAGACAUUGAAACUGUCGACGAAAUAGAUACCACAGAUAACGUAUCCGUCAAAUAUGAAUCUGACGAAGAGCCUUUAUCUAAAAAAGUUAAAAAGAAAAGGAAAAACAAAUUAAAAUUAGACGAAAUCAAAUUAGAAUCAGAAAACAUUAUUGAAGACAAAGUUAUCGAAGAUAUAACUUAUUUAGAUGGUUUAGAAGACGUUCAAGUGGUUGUGUUGAGUAAAGAGGAGCAAAUAGCAGAGGUUAUGUUGCGGAAGAACUCUUUUAAUUAUUUAAAUUCGUUUUAUAAAUGUGAUAAGUGCUAUAAGGGGUUUAUUACGGAUUCGACGUUUAAGAAUCAUAUGGCAAGACAUGCACUGCUGAGCGGACCUCACGCGUGCGAGGUGUGUCUCACGCGGUGGCCGACUGUUCGCGCGUUGCGCGCCCACGUUAUCACCUCGCACGAGCGCAAAUACGUCUGCAGGAAGUGCAAUCAUGUCUCCAAGUCCAGUCACAGAGCGAAGGAGCACAGUAAAUGGCAUCUCGGAUUCACGUACACCUGCAAGAUUUGCGGAGCGUCGUUUACCAAAUCCACAAGCCACCUCACACACAUCCGCCUACAGCACCCGUCCAACAAUUGUUGCUCGCUGUGUGGAGAGUCCUUUAUCGGCGAGUACGGACUGGCCAUGCAUCGCAAGAAGGCCCAUAGAGAACAGCAGAGUGACGUAAAGUCGGAGUCGCUGUGUGUUCUGUGCGGCGUGCGGUUCCGGAGUCUCGACGCGCUGAACAGACACAUCAGCGCCGCUGAGAACAAUUCCUGUAACACUAGCUUAAGGCCGUGCCUCAGUUGCGGCGAAGGUUUCUCGUCGGACGAAACGCUGAAGGAACAUUUGAAGAUUCACGUCACUGACGACUACGUCAAAUGCGAAGAAUGCAACAGAACGUUCGCGCACGAGAAGUCGUACGCCAUCCAUUACCAGCGCGUGCACCUGCACGUGAAGACAGCUCGCCGGGACCUCGCCGACCGAGUCGUCUGCGAGAUUUGCGGCAAGAAGUGCACGUCGAACGCCACACUGGUGUACCACCAGCGCACGCACACGGGAGAAAAACCAUAUCAGUGCACCAAGUGCCCCAAGCGGUUCAGCGUUUGUCAACUGCUGCAGAUCCACCUUCGGACACACACAGGGGAGAGGCCCUUCAAGUGCUCGCGCUGCCCCAAGGCGUUCAAACACAAGGCGGCGCUCAACCGACACGACCGGGUACACACGGGGGCGAAACCCUACAUGUGCGCUCACUGCGGCAAGUCGUUCUCGCAAUCCAACUCCAUGAAGACUCACGUCAGCACCGUGCACCUCAAGCUGCCGGCGCCCUACCGGCACCGCAGGAACAAGACGGAAUAA